AUGGCAAAAGUACUAGACAAACAUUUGUUUAAACAAGAAAACAAGAAACUAAUGAAUUUAAAAGUAUUGUUUGGAUGUUUAACAAUGUCUGAUCCAUAUCUGAUAUCUCAUAUCAUAAAGAUUUUCUUAAAAAAAAAUAUAAAUCAAAACAACAUGUCGCACUUUAAUUGUAACUUUUUAGUCGAUUCAAUAAAAAUUAUCCCCGCAGAUAAACCUUUGGGUUGA